AUGACUGCAAGCAAAGAUGGCGGAAAAUUUCUGCCAGAACUUGUCGUGUUUGACUUAGGUGAGUGUUUUUUCUCGUCUCCUACCGUUUAAAAUUAUUGUCAAACAAAUCUAGUUAUGUCUAACAAUUUAAGGGUGUAGACAAAUGGGCACCCACUUGUAGUCUGUGCGUUAGUCUGGCAGUCUGUAGUAUUAAAGACGUUUGUUCUGUUCGAAAUACCAAUAUCACAAUUUUUGAAGUUAGAUCUAUCAGUCUCAUUCAAGUUCUUGUUUUGUGAAAUGAAGAAAUGUGAUCAUAGUUUUAAAAUUUGUAAUAAGAGCGACUUCACUGUGAUAAGAACAGCACUAAAUUAAGAGUCUCAACGUAAAGAAAGAAAUAUAUUGAAAACAAAUUCAGCGUGUCAGUUAUCUUAUUUCAAGUGUCCUUCAAAUGAGAAAUUUCAAUUAUUUUAACAUUCUUUUCUCUAAUCAAGAAAUUAAUUACAAGAAACACGGGUCGAUAAAAACGUACUGAAAGUGAGAAACAAGUUCUCUGAAUGAAGAAAUCAGAUUUUAGAGUAAACAUUGGCUGGCAGGAGUUAAACUGACAUGAACUGUUACCCAGCGAACCAUACGCAUUGAAUCAUGGCCAGUUUGACAAUUAAACCUGUAAUAUUUAUUUAGACUGUGGAGCUCACAAGUGUUUGAUUUUACAAAUGGGAUGAUACAAUAUUUCCUGCGACUGAAUAAUUGCAAACAAGUUAUUGAAAUGUGCUGGAAAGGGUUUUACUUAUGGCUUAAUAUUUUGUAACAGAUUUUACAGUGUGGCCAUUUUGGGCUGACACUCAUGUUUCUCCACCUUUUACAAAAAAGAGGUGAGUGUUAUGUAAUAGUAGGUAUGCUAUACUAUUCUUAAGCCUUUGACCCUGAAGAGUGACUGUCAUCUAAUUUCUCCUUACAUUCUCACCCCUGAAUCACACAUUAAGGUCAUGAGAAUAAAGGAAAUGAUCACCAACUGAGGGAGCUCUUGAUUGUUUGUAAUAUUAUCUUUUGAUGGUUUAUGCAUAUUUUCUAGAACAUCACAUUGUCAUCUCAACCGUACUUCUAGCUUCCUUGGUAAAUUUUUUAUGACGGUUUGGUCAACCAUGAAUUAUUAAUUUCUGUUUACGUCAUUUGCUUUAAAGUAAUGGCUCAAUACAGGACAGUGGUGGAAACAAGGUGAAACUGUACGAUGACAUGUUGGAAAUUCUGAAGCAUCUCAGCUCUAAAGGAGUGUGUCUUGCUGCAGCUUCUAGGUGAAGAUUAUAUUAAGUUUUGAAGGUUACAAAAUUUUAACUUAACCCUUUGCCUCCUGGCAGUGACCAAAAAUAAAAUAGAAUUUCUCCUAAAUAUAUUAGUUUUCAUACAACAAAGAUCAAGAGAAUAUAAGGAAACAUACAUCAACAAGGAUUAUUUUUUAUUUAAGUCCAAGCUUAAUUUACAGGAGAUGUGUGUUAAUUUAGUGCACUUAGAGCUGUUAGUGCACCACUGAAAAUGUAUUUUAUGCCACCAAUCACAUUACUGACCUCUUGUGAAACAUGAGCACUUUUUCAGAGGCAUUAAAAAGUUAUGCUCUUGAGUUGUGGUGUAUUAUCUAUGCUUUCAGCUAUCUAGUAGCAUUAUUGUUGAUAGCAGCAUAAAACAGAACAGAAAUUUUGUUUAACAGUUAUAUACAGCAUUCACUUUUAAGCCAACAUGUACGAGACCCUUCCCCCCUUAAAGAUUGAUUGACCAAUUUGAUACUCUCCCCUCUUCCCCUCAAUAACAAAUUAAGAGUGGUACUUUAUAAUUUUUGUGUGACCCUUAUCUGGAUUAUCGCCACUUUUGUUCUGGGAUAGGAAACUUGGGUCCAAGGUAGCUAAAGUCUUUGGUGUUACAGGCGUCUCUUAGCUUUAGCAUUUAACCCUUUAACUCCCAAGAUCUCAUUAGUAAUUCUCCUUACUGUCUGCUAUACAAUCAUUCUGAUGUCACAUCUGAAAAGUUGGUAUUGGAUCAAACAAUAAUCCCCUAAUUGAUACUUUUCUUGGUUCUCAUUACUUGUCUCCUUGAUUUUGUAUUGAUACUGUAGGGGGAAAUUCUGUCUUGGUCACUCAUGGGAGUUAAAGGGUUAAGUUAUUCAUAUGUAGACGAAUAAUACUGACAAUAUCCCAAAUGAACUAUUUUGUCCUACAGAACUGAAGAUCCGCCCACAGCCCAGGAAUUAUUGAGAAUUCUUGACAUAGACCAGUAUUUUUCCUACAAGGAGAUAUUUCCUGGGUCAAAACUUACUCAUUUUAAAAGGUUGGUUUGUAAAUCAGUAAUUUUGUUUUCCACCAGGGUUUAUCCAUCAGCGCAAUGCAAAAUUUAAGUGCAUGUUGCUGUAAGUGAUGUUCAUGGAAGUGUUCAAACUCAAGUCCGUAUUUUUGUGAGAAGAAAGGGGUUCACAUAAAAAUAGUCUGUAUUGUUUUUUUUUUCAUUUUUACCAGAUUUGUAGAGGCUAGUGGAAUUGCAUACUCUAAUAUGCUCUUCUUUGAUGAUGAAGAAAGGAAUAUUCAUGAAGUUAGCAGAUUAGGUAAGCAAUUAUUUGGUACUUGUGGAAGAAAAAUAUACCCAAAUUAUGGCCCAGUUGGGUGGCACAAUCUUCUUUGAGACCAAGGGAGGCUUAAAAAAUUUCUUUGUAUAAAAACCUACCAGUAAAUCUCACUUUUUGAGCUAAUUACAGUUUCCAUAACAACUAAUGACCUGCAUUUUUGCUACUUUCACUAAAUUGGAUGUUGCUUCAUAACAGGUUACCUGCAAAAUUUAGCCUGGAAUGAUUUCCAAAAUAAGAUGCAAACAUUAAGACUUUCCAUUUUCCAGAUAUUUGAAUUCUAAGACAUGUUAAAUUUUCUAAUUAUUCUUUCAGGCGUAACUUGUGUUUUGGUGAAAAGAGGAAUGACCCAUACUGUCUUACAAAGUGGACUUGCGCAAUUUGCAGCCAAGCAUAAGUGAAAAUAUAGUUAAGACACAAAUGGUACCUUCAUGAAAGAAAUGAUGCCAUAACCUCAGCUGAAAUGAAAUGCAGACGCACUAAUCAGCAUGGUGAUUGCUGUGGAAAUAAGGAAUCUUUAUCACAAUAGGGAAAUUUGGGGAAAUCUUUAUAAGAAGCAGAACGUGCACAACAAAUUUGACACAAUAUUUAAAGAUUAAUAUCUGCAAAGGGGUUCUAAAGGUUCGUUUUCUCAUCUUUUUCUUACAUCAUCACUACUUUUUUUUCGUUGCUCUGCGCAAUCUCAUUGCAGGUCAUGUACUUGAAUGGGCACUCGUGCAAAAAACAUAUUCAAAGGCCUCUUUAACCUUUCUGUUUCUGUUCUCUGACAGUAUUUGCUGUUUUUGUGAGCCAUAUAUGUUUUUCUGUUUAUUUUUCGUAGAAAGCUGACAAAAAUACAGCGUGUGCAAUUAUUUUGAUCAAAUUGUUGUGACAUGGUUUGAAAUUUUUCCCAGUAAAAAAAUUUAGAAGCCA